GCACGCGCGGAAGAUGGGUCCAGCGCGCGGCCGUUAGCGGUCCCGAUUUGACAACUGUCUGCAACGCUGAGGUUCCCGCGGGCCGUAGUCCGCGUGACCCAGCCCCCGUUAGCGCGCUCGCCUCCUUCGACGGCGCAGUCACCGCGCGGGGCGGCCGCCCGUGAAGUACUACCACGUCUUGUGUCAACGAAUAAAGCUCUGGGACGGCGGCGCCCUCGGCGACAGCUGGGUGGACAACCUGGGCUGGGAGCGGUGACCCGUCGCUUCCGUGAGAAGCAAGCCGCGGAAGCAUCCUGUAGCCUGGCCCCGCACCAACCGCCCGGCAGGCGUGACCUGAGCCUGGUCUGGCAUGCGCGGGAUGCUCCUUGAGCCCUUCUUCUGCCUGUUACCUCCGGGGGACGUUUGUGACCACACUGACACGUAUUUUCCAAAUACAUCGUUUAUUCUUGCGGCGGCGGGGCCGAACACGCUAAUAUAUUUUUUAAUUUUCUCAGCAAGCAUUUACCCAACACUUUUAUCUAGUGAAACAACUUGGUAAGCGUUUCGAGCGAGCAUCCGGACUGAGCAGCUUGCAUUUGCCACGUCCGUCCUCAACUGUUUUGAAGAUUGCCCCAUCUAAUAACUACCAGUGUGCACAGACUCCUACUCCGGUAACAUCGUGGUCCAGCGAUGCAAAGAACUGAAGUCUCAAGCCGGAAAAGCCUGCAUUGUCUUCUUAAUAGUACAGAAGAAUUCUAGACAGGAAGGAAAGACGGAAGCGAAUGAAGACUCUAAAAGAAAAGAAGGGACGUCCAAGAUUGAGAAAAACUGGCAGGAUUAAGAAGGUAACCCAAAGGAAGCCAUCUUCAGGUCCUGUUUGCCUGCUAUGCCUUCAAGAACCUGGUGAUCCUGAAAAACUAGGAGAAUUUCUUCAGAAAGACAAUCUUUGUGUCCAUUAUUUCUGUCUUAUCUUAUCUAGCAAGCUGCCUCAGAAUGGCCAACCCAACAGAGGUCUCCAUGGAUUUAUGCCUGAAGACAUCAAAAAGGAGGCAGCUCGGGCUUCUAAGAAGAUCUGCUUCGUGUGCAAGAAAAAGGGAGCUGCUAUCAAAUGCCAGAAAGAUCAGUGUGUCCAAAACUUCCAUCUGCCUUGUGGCCAAGAAAGGGGUUGCCUUUCACAGUUUUUUGGAGAGUACAAAUCAUUUUGUGGAAAACAUCGCCCAACACAGAACAUCCAACAGGGGAAUUUGGGGGAGGAAAGCUGCGUCUUGUGUUGCGAAGAUUUAUCCCAGACAAGUGCUGAGAACAUCCAAAGCCCAUGUUGUAGUCAAGCUAUCUACCACCGAAAGUGUAUCCAGAAAUAUGCCCACACAUCAGCAAAACACUUCUUCAAGUGCCCCCAGUGCAACAACCGAGAGGAGUUUCCACAAGAAAUGCUGAGAAUGGGAAUCCACAUCCCAGACAGAGAUGCCGCCUGGGAACUCGAGCCAGGAGCUUUCUCAGAGUUGUAUCAGCGCUAUCAGCACUGUGAUGCCCCCAUCUGUCUGUACGAACAAGGCAGAGACAGCUUUGAGGAUGAAGGGCGGUGGCGCCUCAUUCUGUGUACUACAUGUGGAUCUCAUGGAACCCACCGGGACUGCUCCUCUCUCAGACCCAACAGCAAGAAAUGGGAAUGCAAUGAGUGUUCAUCUGCUUCAAUCAUGGAUUACGUAUCUGAAGACUCGAGUGACACCCCCUGCUGCAGCAACUCCUUCCACCCCCAGGAGAACUUCUUAAGGGCCACCAACCUGGAAGAGAAUCCAGGCUCUUCUUGGACCGAUUGCCACCAACCUUCCCUGUUAGAAAAGCCUGAGUCCUCUGGCAGCAGAAGCUGCCACUCCUGGCAAUCCAAAGGCAUCAGAAUCUCUAAGAAUGGCAAGAAAUCCAAGUGAGAGCUUCGGAGUGGUCACUGCCUGGGCCAGUGAGGCACAGAACAACACUGCUGCACCGGGUUUGGAGAGAUCAAACUUUAAAACCAUGAGGCACAAGAGGCCAGCAGUGAGACAAUUAGCCAAGCAAGGAGGCCUCAGGGGAGGCUGAGGAGAAGGACUGAGUCUGCAUGUCAGCAGCUGAGAGUAAGGGCACCUCUGCUCUUUCUCCCCAGUUCUUUUCCUCUUUCACCAAGAUUCUUCCACCUUAAUCUGGUUCUCAUCUGCCUCUUCUUGCUUCGUUCAUUUAUUUACAAAUAAAGGCUGUCUCUCCA